CCCGCGAGCCUCGGCGGGCCCUGCCGCCGUCCUUCGCGGGGGGGCGGCCCGUGGCGGCCAGCCCGGCCCCGUCGCGCUCGCGCGGCCGCUGCUCAGGAGCGAAAGAAGGACGUACACGGCUUCCGGAAUGCAUCACUUCUAACGUAUUGCGUGCGUUUUGUUGCUUCGUCGGGCUGAGGGUGUCAUGACAGCCUGAGGUGGCACUCGGCAGCUCCAGGAGGCACUCGAGGCACCGCCUUUCGGGCCUGCCCCUUUUCGGUCCGCCGCAAACCCCAUGACGCCCAAGGGAUCGCCGAAGUAAGUCCGGGACCUGAAGACACAGUCUCUCAGGGGGAGCGGCGAGUUAAGCCGAACUUGCGGGGGGGGGGCUUGCAAUCCACUGUACUUUCGCCUCGCCGGUAGCCGGCGGCGCAUGCGCAGUCCUCGGCGGCCUCUAGAGGCUUGAGGUACAGUCCAAAAGACGGCUGCCAAACUAUUCCAUCCAUGGGUCCGAAGUCACAAACGGCGAAGAUGUCUUAUCUCGAGGAUGGUUUGGCCAACGACGGGUGGAACGCCCGCUGCACGCCUGCGUUGGCCAAGAAUAGCAGGCGCAAAUUCCCAAAUCAUGUGCCACUCCAUGUUCGUUUUCUUCCGUCGCCUCCAGGCAGACAGACCUCGCUCGCAGCGCAAGGGCAGAAAAGCUACAGGGGUCCCUACCAAGGAGCAGCUGCUCGCAGCGCUGCAGAUGGAAGAAGACGAUGCCAGCGAGGGCGACAAGAAGCAAGGCAUUUGUUCUUUGAAGAUUGGAGGUGCCAUGCGCUUGGACGGAGCUGAUGGAUCGAAACAACGUGUCGCGGGCUCCGAGGAUGGGGACAAGCAUGACGAGUCUGGAGGUAGACUAGUUUCACGAAAAGCCACAGGCUGCGUCACAAAGCAGCAGCUGCUCGCGGCUGCGAUGCAGGACGAUGGCGAUGAUGCCGAGAGCAUCGAAGGCAAAGAGGGCAUGCCAUCGGCGAGCGCUGAAGUGAGAUCCGUGCACUUUGCUGCUGGCCUCUUCAAAGGCAAAUUUGGAAAGAGACUCACAGUAGCAGCCCCAGGGAAUUUAGACAACUCUGGUACUGUUCAGCCCGUUCCGAAACGGAAAGGCAGAAAGGCCACAGGCAUCCCCACCAAGCAGCAGUUGCUUGCGGCCUUGCAGCAGGAUAGCGAUGGCGACGAUGGGUCGGGCACCGCCGAUGAAUCAAAACGAGACGUCGGGGGCUCCAAGUGCAAGGUCAGAAUCAUGCCGCCCGAGGAUGGGGACAAAUGUGACGAGUCCGAAGGUAGACUAGUGCCGCGAAAAGCCACAGGCUGCGUCACAAAGCAGCAGCUGCUCGCGGUUGCGAUGCAGGACGAUAACCAUCAUGCCGAGAGCAGUGAAUACAACGACCAGCCACCGUCGAGCGUUGAACGAAGAAUUUUGCAUUUUCCCCCCAGCAUUUUCAAUGGCAUGUUUGGAAGGAGAGUCACGAUAGCAGCCCCAGAGAACGCAGACAAAGCUGUCACGGCUCAGCCAGUUCCGAAAAAGAGAAACAGAAAAGCAACAGGGACCGCUACAAAGGAGAAGUUGGUCAUGGUCUUGCAGCAGCAGAGGAGCGAUGAGGUUUCGAAGAAGUGUGUUGUGCAGAAGUUUGUCCGUUUUGCGUCCAGCCAAGUCGCAAAGACGCCCAGCACGAGGAGCUCCCCAGUUCACGCGGACGAAUCUACCACGCCGGCUCCGAAGCGGAAGGGUAGAAAGGCCACAGGCGUUCCCACUAAGGACCAGUUGUUUGCGGCUCUGCAGCAGGGGGAAAGCGAAGGCGGCGAGGGCGAUGAUGAACAAGGCGAUGUGUCUGCCAGGCAUCGAGGUGCCAUGCGUCCAGGCGGAGCUGAUGGAACGAAACGAGGCGUUGGGAGCUCCAAGGGCAAGGUCAAAAUCGCGCCGCACGAAGAUGUAAAGAAAGCAGACAAGUCCGACGAGUCCGACGAGUCCGAUGGUAGACCAGUGACGCGGAAAGCCACAGGCUGCGUUACAAAGAAGCAGUUGAUGGAGAUUGCGAUGCAGGGCGAUGGCGAUGAUGAGAGCAGCGAAGACGAAGAUGACCAGCUAGCGAAGAAGAACGCUACAAUCCAUGCGUCAAGUAUGCAAAACACAGAUGUCGGGAACGAGACUUGGAAGAGGGCCGCAGACCAGCAGAUCACUGAAUUUGCCUCGGGAAAAGACACAGAGGCUGGCCUGCCGAGGGUGCGCUUCGACAGAGGAGGUAACCGAGCUCCCGGCCCUCCUGGCGGCGCCGAGGCGGCGGGGCCGGAAGGCCACGGGCGCUGCCACCAAGGAGCAGCUGCUCGCAGUGAUGUCGGCAUCUGGCCAGGGAGGUGGGGUUGCUUUCGCGGACUCGGAGGGCGACGAGGCUGCCGAGGAGGAGAGACGCCCGGGGAAGUCCGAAGGAGGUGCGCCGGGCGCAAAGGCACCGCGUUCGUCCCGGCAGCGCAGUCCGGGCUGGUGUCUGAGGGCGCGGACAAGACCGCAACGCUCCCAUCAGGCCGCUUGUGCUGCGGAAAGCCCGCAGGCAGCGGCAUCUGAGCGCUAGGCGGACCACUGCUCAGAUCCAGCUUCAGGUGCGAAGUUAAAACGCUUCCACUGCAACAGAUAGGCUUUCACAGAGGACACCGCCGUGCAAGCAGAUGACAUAUCCAGAUUUCUUUUCAGAUACAGUGCCUGCUUGAUCGAGUCCGCUGCCCAUGCUGCUGAUUCACUCUCCAUCCCGUGUUGCGCCUCUUCUCAUAGCCCAUAAGAUGCCGCUGGAUUUAGCCGCACUUGCACCACAAGAGUUGCAAGCUCAACGCUGAGGCAAUGGAGACCGCACAUGCCACCGGGUAGCGCGGAGUCAAA